GGCCCCUCGGCGGUGCCGCCAGACGGCGGCGGCCGGGCUGGGCGCUGCCGGCAGCCGGAGCAUCCCUGGCUCCGCUCCGCCCCGCAGCCGCGGCCAUGACCGACAACAUCCCGCUGCAGCCGGUCCGGCAGAAGAAGCGCAUGGACAGCAAGCACCGCGGCGGGUGCUGCGAGUGCCUGAGGUGCUGUGGCAGGAGGGAGCCCAGGCCUCGCACUGUCUGGCUCGGCCACCCCGAGAAGAGGGAGCAGAGGUACCCCCGCAAUGUCAUCAACAACCAGAAGUACAACUUCUUCACCUUCCUCCCUGGGGUGUUGUUUAACCAGUUCAAAUACUUCUUCAACCUUUAUUUCUUGCUCUUGGCCUGCUCUCAGUUCGUGGUUGAGAUGAGGCUUGGAGCACUUUACACAUACUGGGUUCCUCUGGGGUUUGUGCUGGCUGUCACCGUGAUCCGCGAGGCGGCCGAGGAGCUGCGCUGCUACGUGCGGGACAAGGAGGUGAACUCGCAGAUCUACAGCAAGCUGACGGCCAGAGGGACUGUCAAGGUGAAGAGCUCUAACAUACAAGUGGGUGACCUCAUCAUUGUGGAAAAGAACCAGAGGGUCCCUGCUGACAUGAUCUUCCUGAGGACGUCAGAGAAGAAUGGCUCCUGCUUCCUGCGCACGGACCAGCUGGACGGCGAGACGGACUGGAAGCUGCGCCUGCCCGUGGGCUGCACCCAGCGCCUGCCCACGGCCUCGGACCUGCUGCAAAUCCGCUCCUACGUCUACGCAGAGGAGCCCAACAUUGACAUCCACAACUUCGUGGGGACCUUCACCAGGGAAGACAGUGACCCUGCAGUAAAUGAAAGUUUAAGCAUAGAAAACACCCUGUGGGCCAGCACAGUGAUUGCAUCAGGUACUGUGGUGGGAGUUGUCCUCUACACGGGCAGGGAGCUGCGCAGUGUGAUGAAUACUUCCAACCCAAGAAGUAAGAUUGGCCUCUUUGAUUUGGAGGUGAACUGUCUCACCAAGAUCCUCUUUGGGGCUCUGGUGGUGGUGUCCCUGGUCAUGGUGGCCCUUCAGCACUUUGCAGGCCGUUGGUACCUGCAGAUCAUCAGGUUCCUGCUGUUGUUCUCCAAUAUCAUUCCCAUCAGUUUACGUGUGAAUCUGGACAUGGGGAAGAUUGUGUACAGCUGGGUGAUCCGCAGAGAUUCCAAAAUCCCUGGCACUGUGGUUCGGUCCAGCACCAUCCCUGAGCAGCUGGGGAGGAUUUCCUAUUUGCUUACAGACAAAACAGGGACUCUCACCCAGAACGAGAUGGUUUUCAAGAGACUCCACCUGGGAACGGUGGCCUACGGCCUGGACUCCAUGGACGAGGUGCAGAGCCACAUUUUCAGCAUCUACACACAGCAGGCGCAGGAGCCGCCGGCCGUGAAGGGGCCGUCGCUGGCCACCAAGGUGCGGCGCAGCAUGAGCAGCCGCGUGCACGAGGCCGUCAAGGCCAUCGCGCUGUGCCACAACGUCACGCCCGUCUACGAGUCCAACGGCGUCACCGACCAGGCCGAGGCCGAGCGCCACUACGAGGACUCCUGCAGGGUGUACCAGGCCUCCAGCCCCGACGAGGUGGCCCUGGUGCAGUGGACAGAGAGCGUGGGCCUGACUCUGGUGGGCAGAGACCAGUCCUCAGUGCAGCUGAGGAGCCCAGGGGGGCACAUCCUCAACUUCACCAUCCUGCAGAUCUUCCCCUUCACCUACGAGAGCAAGCGCAUGGGCAUCAUCGUGCGGGAUGAAUCCACAGGAGAGAUCACCUUCUACAUGAAGGGGGCAGACGUGGUGAUGGCUGGCAUCGUGCAGUACAACGACUGGCUGGAGGAGGAGUGUGGUAACAUGGCUCGGGAAGGCCUGAGGGUUCUUGUCGUGGCCAAGAAGUCUCUGACAGAAGAGCAGUAUCAAGACUUUGAGGCACGCUACGUCCAGGCCAAGCUGAGCGUGCACGACCGCUCGCUGAAGGUGGCCACGGUGAUCGAGAGCCUGGAGAUGGAGAUGGAGCUGCUGUGCCUGACGGGCGUGGAGGACCAGCUGCAGACAGACGUCAGGCCCACGCUGGAGACGCUGAGGAACGCUGGCAUCAAGGUGUGGAUGCUGACAGGGGACAAGCUGGAGACAGCCACGUGUACAGCCAAGAACGCUCAUCUGGUGACACGGACACAGGACAUCCAUAUAUUCAGACUCGUGACAAACCGAGGAGAAGCCCACCUGGAGCUGAACGCCUUCCGCCGCAAGCACGACUGUGCCCUGGUCAUCUCGGGGGACUCGCUGGAGGUGUGCCUGAAGUACUACGAGUGCGAGUUCAUGGAGCUGGCGUGCCAGUGCCCCGCGGUCGUGUGCUGCCGCUGCGCCCCCACGCAGAAAGCCCAGAUCGUGCGGCUGCUGCAGGAGAGGACGGGCAGGCUCACCUGCGCCGUGGGUGAUGGAGGGAAUGAUGUUAGCAUGAUUCAGGAGGCUGACUGUGGUGUUGGAGUUGAAGGAAAGGAAGGGAAGCAGGCAUCGCUGGCAGCUGAUUUCUCCAUCACUCAGUUCAAGCACCUGGGUCGUUUGCUCAUGGUCCAUGGAAGGAACAGCUACAAGAGGUCUGCAGCCCUCAGCCAGUUUGUGAUCCACAGGAGCCUCUGCAUCAGCACCAUGCAGGCUGUCUUCUCAUCAGUGUUUUACUUUGCUUCAGUUCCUCUCUACCAAGGCUUCCUCAUCAUUGGGUACUCCACAAUUUACACCAUGUUUCCUGUGUUUUCUCUUGUCCUGGACAAGGAUGUGAAAUCUGAAGUUGCAAUGUUGUACCCAGAGCUCUACAAAGAUCUUCUUAAGGGACGACCGUUGUCAUACAAAACAUUUUUAAUCUGGGUCUUGAUAAGCAUUUAUCAAGGUAGCAUCAUCAUGUAUGGAGCGCUCCUCCUCUUUGAAUCCGAAUUUGUGCACAUUGUUGCCAUUUCCUUCACGUCCCUGAUCCUCACCGAGCUGCUGAUGGUGGCACUGACGAUCCAGACGUGGCACUGGCUGAUGAUCGUGGCUGAGCUGCUCAGCCUCUCCUGCUACAUUGCUUCCCUGGUCUUCUUGCACGAGUUUAUCGAUGUUUACUUCAUUGCCACCUUGUCGUUCCUGUGGAAGGUCACUGUCAUCACCCUGGUGAGCUGCCUGCCCCUCUACGUCCUCAAGUACCUGCGACGGAGGUUUUCUCCCCCCAGCUACUCCAAGCUCACGUCCUAGGGCUGCUCCUGGCACACAGACAGACAUUGCCCAGGGCCCAGAGACAACCCCAGCUGUCCCUCAGCAGCACGCCCCGUCCCUGCCUCGGGAGCCCUGGUCAUCUCUGUCACCUGGUCAUCUCUGUCACCUGGUCAUCUCUGUCACCUGGUGAUCUCUGUCACCUGGUGAUCUCUGUCACCGACUUCAGGCUGCCCUGGAUGGGACCCUGAUGCCAAAAGGGAGUGUUUGGAGGGUGGAGGCUCUGAGUUAAUCCAGUUCUUGGCACUUUUGUUCUACUUAACUGGGGGCAAAUGCGUGGAACUGUGAUGGCAAUGGGUUUCUCUUGCAUGGUUCAAAGCUGCUACCUGACCUUGGAAUUUACGUUUGACAAUUUAAAGUGAAUUUUUUAAGUGUC